AUGACAACGUUAAGUUUGGCCGAUGUUUGUAAAUUGCAUUAUGAUUUGCACGAGAAAAGCGCAUCAGAACAAAAAGUAACAACAACAAUCACUCACAAAAAACAACAGGCAUCAUCUUUAUCAUCUCUUCUUAAAGUCAUCAUCGUGGACGAUCAUCAUCAUGGAAAUAUAUUAUUUAAUGAAGAAGAACAAUUAAAUCCCGAAGGACAAUCCUCCUCUGGUAAAUUCUCAUUGAAUGAAUACAACACGGAAACAACAUCUCCUUUUGAAAAUUCCAUUGAUCCUAUUGAGUAUUUAAAAAGUGGAGAACUUGUAUUAUUUCCAAGCUCGCGAGUCUCCAAUAAUGAAAAACAUCUUGAAUUCAAGAUGAUUCUUUCAAUGCGAGAAUUAUUGGAAUAUUACAGACAUUUCCCCAGUUUUCAUUGGUCUAAAUAUCCUCAAUUACUGGAAUUAAUUCGGGAUCAUUUAUUGCUACAUGAAAAACGUGCAUUGGAACGAAUGGAAGGAGAAUAUAUUGAAUAUCAAAAACAACAAUUUGAAUUUAUGAGAAAAUAUCACCGAUUUGUCUCUCGUUUUUCAUUGACGGAAUGGCUUUCCGAUCUUUUUAGAAUUCAUGUGUUGGGUUUGAAGAAAAAAGAACACUCCACUCUUCGGGAAGAUCUUCAAACACCGCCCAUGUCAAGUGACAACAAACAUCGAAUCAUGAAAUCUUUUCGUCACCUUCUCCCAUACGUUUCCUUAAUGGCUCUCUUUUGGAUUUUUAAACUAUUGACAAAGCUUGUAUCAUGGAAACGGUAA